AUGAAUUUGACUAAUUUGACUUCACCUUUGAAAGAACAAACCGGAACAAAAACAACCGUUGGUUUCGGCAUCAUCCGUAGAAAGAUCGGUGGAUGGCUUAGUAGAAAAAGCCUUGAAGGAAAUUGGAACGGAUUGGAAUGUAUUGCUCCAUACCAUGUUCCAAUACGAUAUAUGGAAAGACAAUCUGGCCAAUUCAAAUCAAUAUAUUUGGAAGAUGUGCUGAAUAGUACAAUAGCAAAUGAUGAUGAUAAAUUAUUUACAACAGCCGAAAAGGGAGAGUUAUACUGUAGACAAAAUAUGCUUUAUGAAGCAUUAAUUGAUUUGGAAUAUGUAUUGGCACAAAACCCCCACACAAUUUUAUAUCAAACUACUAUUAAUUUAUAUUCUCAAAAUCUAACGACAAUAAUUUUACUACGAAUACCAAAUGAUUGUCCUGAAUAUAAACUAGAAUCGCAGUUUGACACUAUUGAAAAAGAUUUUACAACUUCAGAUCAUAAAAUGUAUCCUGUAAAAGAAGGCAAGAAAAUUUAA